AGCUCGCGGGCCGCGCCGGGCUCGAACGUGGGAGCGGGAAGAUGUUUUCCGCGCUCAAGAAGCUGGUGGGGUCGGAGCAGGCUCCGGGCCGCGACAAGAAUAUCCCCGCCGGGCUGCAGUCCAUGAACCAGGCGCUGCAGAGGCGCUUCGCCAAAGGGGUGCAGUACAACAUGAAGAUAGUGAUCCGAGGGGACAGGAACACGGGCAAGACUGCGCUGUGGCACCGACUCCAGGGCAAGAAGUUUGUGGAGGAGUACAUCCCCACGCAGGCGAUCCAGGUCACCAGCAUCCACUGGAACUACAAAACCACUGAUGAUAUCGUGAAAGUUGAAGUCUGGGAUGUAGUUGACAAAGGGAAGUGCAGGCGGCGAGGUGAUGGCUUGAAGGUGGAGAACGACCCCCAGGAGGCAGAGUCCGAGAUGGCCCUGGACGCUGAGUUCCUGGACGUGUACAAGAACUGUAAUGGGGUGGUCAUGAUGUUCGACAUCACCAAGCAGUGGACCUUCAACUACAUCUUGCGGGAGCUUCCCAAGGUGCCAACCCACGUGCCAGUGUGCGUGCUGGGGAACUACCGCGACAUGGGCGAGCACCGAGUCAUCCUGCCCGAUGACGUGCGCGACUUCAUCGACAAUCUGGACAGGCCUCCAGGCUCCUCCUACUUCCGCUAUGCCGAGUCCUCCAUGAAGAACAGUUUUGGCCUAAAGUACCUUCACAAAUUCUUCAAUAUCCCGUUUCUGCAGCUUCAGAGAGAGACCCUGCUCCGGCAGCUGGAGACGAACCAGCUGGACGUGGACGCCACACUGGAAGAGCUGUCAGUGCAGCAGGAGACCGAGGACCAGAACUAUGACAUCUUCCUCGAGUUGAUGGAGGCACGCAGCCGUGGCCAUGCGUCCCCACUGGCAGCCAACGGGCAGAGCCCAUCCUCAGGCUCCCAGUCUCCAGUGGUGCCUCCCAGCGCUGUGUCCACAGGGAGCUCCAGCCCCGGCACACCCCAGCCAGCCCCACAGCUGCCCCUCCACACCCCCUCAGCCGGCCCCUGUCCCCCACCCCCCACGGAGGCCCCACUGCCCCCUGCAGCCCCUGCCCCUCGGCGCAGCAUCAUCUCGAGGCUGUUUGGGACCUCGCCAGCUGCCGAGGCAGCCCCUUCACCCCCAGAGCCGGCCCCAGCUGCCGAGGCCCCCACCAAAGUCCAGAAUGUGGAGGAUUUCGUUCCCGAAGAAGGCCUUGACCGGAGCUUCCUGGAUGACACAGUACCCCAAAAGGAUGAGAAGAAAGUCGGAGCCAAGGUCCUACAAGACAGUGACAGCGAUGGGGAGGCCCCAGGUGGGAACCCGCUGGUGGCAGGUUUCCAGGAUGACGUGGACGUUGAAGAUAAGCCGCCCGGCAGGCCCCGACUGCCCCUGGGCCCCAGGGAAGGCGUGACUUCUUCCAGUGAGGAGGAAGCAGAGGGGGUGGCGGCGCACCCCAAGACCACUGUCCUGGUCCCCGAGAAGUGCUCUGAGCCAGAGACCAAACGGUCCUCCACAAAGGCCGCGAGGCUGCACAGGGCUGCAGUUCCCAGGGCUGCGGAGUCCCGCCGGCCAGGCGUCCGCAAGUCCCCCACCGAGGACCCCUCUGGAGGGCGUGAGGAGGGCAAGGACCAGCAGGCAGCAUCAUCAGAGAGUGACCCUGAGGGGCCCAUCGCCGCCCAGAUGCUCUCCUUUGUCAUGGACGACCCCGACUUUGAGAGCGACUCGGACCCUCAGCGGAGAGCGGAUGAGUUCCCAGUGCGAGAGGACCUCUCUGACGAGACAGAUGAGGAUGCUGGUCCUGCCCAGCCGCUCCCACCCCCCAAGCCCCCUGUGUCCUCCUUCAGACUGAAGAAUGACUCGGACCUCUUCGGGUUGGGACUGGCGGGAACGGGCCGCAAGGAGAUCAGCGAUGAAGGCUGGGAAGCCGCAGGCCCAUGCUGUGUCUUCUCUGCAGAUAAGGAGGGCAAGCCUCCCACAAAAGAGAAGAAAAAGAAGAAGAAAAAAGGCAAAGAGGAGGAAGAAAAGGCCGUGAAGAAAAAGAGCAAGCAUAAGAAGAGCAGGGACAAGGAGGAGGGCAGGCAGGAGCGGCGGCGGCGGCCCAGGGCUACAGAGAGGACCGCUGUGGAUGAGCUGGAGGCCUUCCUGGGGGGCGCAGCCCCGGGUGGCCACCUCCGCGGGGGCGGGGACUACGAGGAGCUCUAGGCCUAGCACCGCCCACCCGCUGGGGUGGGGACGGGCCACAGGCCCACUCCUCGCUCCUGGGGCUGCUGAGCCCGCCCUGCAGGGAGUGGGCUGGCGGGCGGUGGGCGCGACUCUGCGGGCAGCCGGUCCCCAGCGCUUCUCAGGGAUGGGACUGAGGCCCAGGAGGCCGCGAGGCUGUUUACAGGGCGGGGCACGUCCUCGUCACCGGCCUGGCUCCUGCUUGCCCCCAGCCCGCUGCACUCGCUCUCCCAGGCCCCCCCCCCCCGCCAUGCGGGUGGGCUCCGCUUCCUGCCCCUUCUGGCAUGGGGGACAGACCCCAGGCAGCACCGGCACCUUUCCCGGGCUAGGGUCCAGCUUUGCACCUGUGCUGGGCUUGCUGCCAACCAGGCCGGGGGGUCCUCAGACUCUGUUUCCUCUCGUUCUCCUUCAACACUCCGACCAUAAAGCUCUCCUGUUUUACUGUG